GAAGAAGAAGACGAGGAAGAAGGCAAGAUGGCGGACCGGGUGCAGCGUAUUUUCUGAGCUCCGUCUUUUUGUCCUAAUUUUACACAUACUUUAAAAUCCACCUCAAUUCUAUGUGAUCGUAUGAAUCUCUAAUACAUCAUACCGACGCUUUAACCAUACAGUGCUCCGGAAAUUGCAGCAUGAAGACGAACAAGAAGCUCUCUUCAGCCCGCAGUAGCUCGGAGAUUUACGGUCAUGAUGAUGCUAAGAUGGAGGUCUCUACCGAGAGCUCCAAAAGAAAAGAGCCUUUCUCUCCAGCGAAGAACCCACCAGCAACUAAAAAGAAGGACACUGGGUCAGAGGAAGAUGUCCAGCAGCUGUUGGUGAGUAAAGAAGAGCUUCCACCUGAGCAGCAGGAGUGGAGCCACAUUCUGGACCAGGAGGACACUAAGCCCCAACACAUUAAAGAAGAACAUGAGGAAUUGUGGAUCAGUCAGGAGGAAGAACAGCUUCAAGGACUGGAGGAGGCUGAUACCACCAAGUUCCCCUUCACUCCUGUCUCUGUGAAAAGUGAAGAUGAUGAAGAGAAACCUCAGUCCUCACAGCUUUAUCAGAGACAAACUGAACAGAUGGAAACAGGAGUUGAUGGAGAGGACUGUGGAGGAGCAGAACCAGAGAGAGACUCAGAUCUAGAGAGACGUUUACAACCAGAGACUGAGGUCGAGACUGAAGACUCUUAUGAACCUGAGACUGAUGACAGUGAUGAUUGGCAAGAGACAAGAGAAGAUUUGUCAGAAUUAAACUUUAAGAAUAAGAAACUAGACACUGGUAAGAGACCACACAGGUGCUUGGAGUGUCGUAAAAGAUUUAACCUGCAAAGAGAUCUGACCACACACAUGUUAGUUCAUAAAGGAGAGAAAGCCGUAAGCUGCCUUGAGUGUGGUAAAAGCUUUAGUUCUAAGGGAUAUCUGACCAAACAUAUGAUGAUUCACACAGGAGAGAAACCCUUCAGCUGCUCUGUUUGCAGUAAAAGUUUUACCCAUAGAGGAAGUCUGACAUAUCACAUGUUAAUUCAUACAGGAGAGAAAGCCUUCAGCUGCUCUGAGUGUGAGAAAAGAUUUAACCUGCAAAGAAAUCUGACUAGACACAUGUUAGUUCAUACAGGAGAGAAACCCUUCUGCUGCUCUGAGUGUGGCAAAAGAUUUAACCUGAAAGAGCAUCUAACCACACACUUGAUGAUUCACACAGGAGAGAAACCCUUCAGCUGCUCUGUUUGUGGUAAAAGAUUUAACCUGCAAGGAUAUCUGACCAAACACAUGAUGAUUCACACAGGAGAGAAACCCUUCAGCUGCUCUGUUUGCAGUAAAAGUUUUACCCAUAGACAAAGUCUGACGUAUCACAUGUUAAUUCAUACAGGAGAGAAAGCCUUCAGCUGCUCUGAGUGUGAGAAAAGAUUUAACCGAAAAGAGCAUCUGACCACACACAUGAUGAUUCACGCAGGAGAGAGACCCUUCAGCUGCUCUUUGUGUGGUAAAAGGUUUUGUUCUAAGCAACAUCUGAAAAGACACAUGAUGAUUCACAGUGGAGAGAAACCCUUCAGCUGCUCUGAGUAUGGAAAAAGCUUGACUGCUGAGAGAAAUCUGACCAGACACAUGACGAUUCACACUGGAGAGAAAUGCUAAUCCUGUACAAUGGUGUUGGGCCUCAGCCAUGUGUGCUGGACAAAGGACUCAGGCCUGUAUCACAGUUAUCAAGCCUGACUAGAGUUAUUUUGGAGGGAAUCAAACAAAUAGGUGUGAAAAGUGGGGGGUGGGGGUGUCUGAAUUCUCUAUCCUCAUUGGAGGAGGCCUCAGGUUAACCCACAGGCAUUUCCAGUCUUUAAAAGCAAUUGCCAGGCAUUGCUUCUGUCUCUUCAAGUGUUGUCUGCUGACACCCGAGGAUAAACUCUCCAACAAGAUGGACUCCAGCAUUCGAGACAAACCCUUCCCUCCUCUUGACUUACAUAGGUUAAACUCUAGAGCUGAGGUUGUUCAGUCUAGGUAGCUCUUCACAUGCUGAAUUCAAGCUUCAGAGGAUUCAGCUGACUACUUCCACGGCAUAUUUUUAGGAGUUUUGGGCGCAAUCAGAUGUUAUCAGGUUCGAGCAAAAAGAAGAGUUUCUUUCCUUUGAUUUUUCAUAAGACGUCAUUGAACGCAACUGAACAGGAGCGCUGAAGGAAGCCCACUGAUCCCUGAAUCCACAAGGACACAUAAAGAACUCGGCUCCUGCAACCAGAAGACCACACAGCAGCGCUCUGGUCGAACAUCUGAAUCCCGCUACCCUCCUCUUAAAUCUGCCUUGAAGGAAACCUGCCUGAAUCUGUUGAUUUAAUAUUCAACAGAGUGACGAUCCAACCAACUUUGCAACAAUCACCAGGAGUUACCCCAAGUAAGAGCUUUGGUCUGGGCAGAAAUAGUUUCAGAAAUAGUUAUGUUUCUUUUAUAACCACUGAUAAUUAUGCAUCAUUGUUUACGAAACAUCACAUUCUGUUUAUUAUCUGUUGUAAGCUGCUGCAUUUGUUUUAUUGUAAUGAACUGCUGUGUUCGCCUAUGUAUGUAAUGCUAUGCUAGUUUACCUUCAGUCAAUGGCUUUCACAAUCAGAAAGACCAGUGUACCCGCCGUUGAAUCAAAGUCCGGCCACUGGCUUUCUGGUGUUUAAGUAACAGUUACUGAACUCAGCUCAGAGAGCUCAAACUAUUUUAAAAGGUAGCCACACGGCUUCCUUUGUUGUCCACCAUUUUGUCACCAUGUGAUGAAGCCACAUGGUGCAUUGUCUCUUUCCACCAUCUUGUUUUCUCUCUCUCUCUCUCUCUCAUCCACACACACACACACACACACACACACACACACACACACACAACUACACUUUUACACCUCAUUCACAAGCCUUGCUUGAUAAUGUUUGUUUGCUUAGAUUAGUUUAUAAUAGUUAUUUGUUUGAUUAAGUUCAUUGAUUUUUGGAUUGAUGUUGCUUUGUUUAAAUAAAUUCU